CGGCUUGGUGGAAAACCGAAACCGCAGUUCAGAGGCGCAGCGGCGAGUGGGGAACCCUGAGAAGAGGUGGAAGAGCCGGCUCGUCUCGUUUAGGAUCUUGUAGAAAGCUGAGAUUUUUAGGGUUUCUUUAGUAAUCUGGUGUAUGAAUCAUAAUCGAUAGGCUGUGGGAAUACUUUUCAAUUUUGUGUUAAGUAUUUGAGCUUUCGGGGUUUGAUAAUUUGAAGCAGGAUCGAUCGGUACCUGAAGGAAAAAUGUUUGGGGGUAACACUGCCAAUCAAAAUUUUUCAUACUUCUUGGAGGAGAAUCCACUCUAUUAUGAUUCUAAUUCAUUGACACAGCUGCGGCUAUUUGGGAAUAUUUCUGCAGCUUGUAAUGCUGAUCCGAUGAAACUUAAAGUGAGUGAUAACAAUGAAGCAUCUGUUUUAAACAUACCAAUCAAGAGAAGCCCUGAGUCGGUAGACAUAGCAACACAGAACAAUCUACAGAUCUCCUUUAAUAAUCUAUUUCGUGAUGAAAUGGAUAGAUCAAGGAGCAUUCCCCAGGUGAAUACUGUAUCCACUGGUCUGAGAUUAUCCUAUGAUGAUGAAGAACGACAUUCCUCUCUCACGACAGCAAGUGGGAGCAUGUCAUCUCUACCCUUCCCCACGACUGUUCUUGACAAUCUUCGUCCUGAGAUCAAGAAUCAAAAUGAAGAGUUCAACCGAUUCUUUAGAUUCCAGGAGGAACAAUUUGCAAAAGGUUUGACAGAGAUGAAGCAGCGACAUAUAACAUCAUUCGUGAACCUUAUUGAUCAAGAAUUAUCCCAAAAGCUCCGGGCUAAGGACAUGGAGAUCGAAUCUAUAAACCGGAAGAAUUGUGAGCUAGCUGAUCAAAUACACCAGGCUUCAGCAGAGGCUCAGACAUGGCAGCAGCGUGCACAGUACAACGAGUCGAUUGUGCAUGCUUUGAGAACCAGCCUCCAACAGGCUGUAGCUCAAGGUGCUGCUGCUACCGCUGCUGCAGCUAACUGGGGCAGGGAGGGCUGUGGCGAGAGUGAAGUCGAUGAUGCUGCUUCGUCUUUCUACCCUAAUUCUGUUAGGGGUGGGGAGAAGCGCGUGCUGACUAUGGCAUGUAAAGGUUGUAAAGGUGGGGAGUCUUGCAUGCUUUUACUUCCCUGCAGGCACCUAUGCUUGUGCAGGGAUUGUGAUGCACUGGUGGAUUCUUGCCCUGUUUGCUUUAUCAGGAAGACUGCGAGUGUUGAGGUGUAUAUGUCAUGAUAAUGUGUGUUUAAGAAGAGAGAGAGAGAGAGAGAGAGAGAGAGAGAGAGAGGUUGCUAUACUGAUUGUUGGUCUUGCCAAUAAUGAUUUCUUGCUCAGGUACCCUUGUUUGUUAGACUAAUGUUGAAUGCUGUGAAUAAAUGCUACUUUGUCCAUCUGCUAGGUUUGCUAAUAGCUGUAAUUCGCAAGUUUCAUUGAUAUUUACUCGAAAAUUUUGAGAAA